AUGCUGGUGGGGCUGCUGUGCGUAAGGUACCAGCGGCAAGCCUGGGCCCAUCUGCUGCGUCUGUGGUGGAAUGUAGGGGAGGUUCUGGCUGCGAAUUACGCCAGGACUAGCAGCGCUAAACGCCGCACCCGCAGCAAAAGACAAGGGCAGGACCGUACGUUGCGGGAGGCCCGGGGGCUCGGGCCUUCAAUAGAGGAGAGGAACAGAGUGACGUCUGGCAGAGGAUUGCUGUUCGAAGAGUCGGAGACGGAUCCGAUCGGUGUGAAUGAUCGUCCUGCUGCCGACAGUCGUCUGAAAGAGGGUAAGGAUCCUACGGCGUACGGCGUCAUGUCGCAAGUUUGUCCCGAGUGUGGAUCGAACGACACCAUACAUUUCCUCACCGAAGUUGGCCACCAGGUGUGCUCGAAUUGCGCCACCGUCUUCCAAGAUCUCCAACUAUACCAGCCCACCGAUGUGCACGACGUAGCCUACGCACUCGGCGCUCCGCAGCAGCAGCGCGCCUCUUCCUCCUUCUCUCUUGCACCACUCGGUCCAGAUGGAAAGCCUUUUUGGCCCGGCGACCGCGAGCACCAGCGUCAUCUCAGCGAGCUUCGGCAUAAACCCGAAGUGGAUGCUCGUAUACGAGGAACGCUCCGUCGUCUUGGCCAUCCGGGCCUCUUCCAACAGGUCGAAUUCCUUUUCCAACGUGCACGAGACGAGUCAUGGAAGCCUGCAGCAGAUCGACAUACCAACGACAUCGCGGGUCGAGGCGAUUCAGCCACCGAUCAUGAUGCUACAUCAUCUCCGCCGUCCGAUUCGAUGCCUCCGAGGUCCGUACCUCCUCGCGUCAGGUGGGGAACCAGCUCUUUGCUCCUGGCAGCCGCCUGCUGCUACGUAGUCCUACGGCGGCAAGGCGUCCACACCGACUUGGGCAGUGUGUCGGAUGCGGCACAACUACCCUAUCCGAAAGUUCGUCUUGCCUUCAAACGCCUCCGUCUACUCGUCAAGGGCGCCGUCCAAAACAUCAGACUCGCCGACCCCGAUGCGUUUGUGCGUCGCAUCGUCGCCUUCUUCUGCUGUCACUUGAUACACACCAACUCCUCGCCUCUCAGCUCUAGUGUGAGGGACUUUCUGCAGCCAUUCCGAGGUGCACUUCCGGACGCUGACGGACUUUUGAAGCUAGACCCUGCCCGUAUCUUUCACAAGACGCCAUUCGAGGCUGUCGAGUCAACCGCCCUUGAUCUUUGCACGUUUUGGUGGCCCAAUCGACAUCCUUCCGCAUCUGGGCAGCUGGCUGCGUUUGCCGCAGUCGUCCUCGCUUUCGAAGCGCAUCUCAAAGCACUAGCACCCAUCUGGGACAUGUUUCGCUGCACUUACGCCGCACUCGAUUUCGACCCCAGAUCGCUUUCAUCGCCGGAUUCCGUGUUCACCUCAUCGGUCGAUGGCGAUGCCGUCUUCAGCAGGAACGCAAAGGAAUGUUACAAGGAGAUUUGCGCAGCAAUCAGGACGGAAGUGGCAAAAAUUCCCUGGCUUUCGGACGCAGCGCCCAUUUCCCAAAAGCGACGCUCGAAGCUCCGCUCGGGACGACAGAAUGCUGAAGGUAUGUCGGAUCUGGCUCGGCUCGAUGUCGUCAUCCAUGCUCUCGACGUUCUCGAUGUGCGUCGUGGAUUGUCUUCCAAGGGGGUCCCGCAUGACCAGGGACCGACACCCCAAGCACGCUCGGACAAAAAGGAGGCAGAUCGACGUACAUCGGCUCACCACGGCCAAGAGACACAUGUCCAAGACAGUCCUGAGCGCGAGCUGGACGACGACGAAUUGGUCUGCUUUCUCUCGACUUCACCCAGGAUCUCUGCUUCGGCGAUGCGUCCAGCACUAUCCGCCGGUGAGCCCUAUUCGUCGACAGAAGACGCCGGUGACGAAGUCGAAGUCUGGCCCCUUGUCCAACAACGCCUCGAAGCCGCUGGUGCUCUCCAUCAGCGCGAUGUCGAUCCCGAAUCCAAAUCAUGUUGUCAUCCCAUCGAUCUGCUCACGGACGAGCAGGUGGAUGACCUGCUGUUUGACAGCAACGAGCUGUCAUCCUUCUUUCGUACCGAUGCUGCCGAACGAGCUGUCUUUGAACGGACCAAGGUGGCUGCCGGUGAUUGGCCGAGUCAAUCGAAACAAGAGCGUGACGCCGAAUUCGCGACCUUGGCGCGCAGCCUCGACACGAAGUCGCUGCCACCUGCAAAGUCGAAGGCAGAGCGCAACAAUUCGACUCCGCCGUCGAGCCCCGCUGCAGCGCCAGAGGGUGACACCACUCGCAAACGAGCUGCCGAAGCUCUCGAGCCGGCGGUGGUGGCGGCGGCGCCGUCGGAUUCACAACGUAAGCCACGGAAUCCGUUGCAAUCAACCUCAUCGUCGCGACCCACCAAACGCGUCAAAGCGCCGCUGCCAGAGGUCUCCCUUCGCGCACAGGAGGAAGAGUCGGAUUGGAGCGAUUGA